AUGCGUUUUUCCAGGGCGGACCUGCCUCCGUGGCUCACUCUUUUUAUUGCCACUGCAGCGCUGAGUCUGCCCAGAGUUACGGAGGCGAUUCGGCACCAAGGGCUGCGGACACAAGCGGCCGGUGCCCAUUCCUUCGCCGAAGCUCGGGAUACAUCCUCCGGUUGUGUUACCAGAGGCAGGGAAUACCGUAGCUACUUGUUGAGCGCGUUCCAUGACAUCAGUGACUUCAGCGGUUGCCAAAAGGUGUGCAACCAGCAUCCGCAGUGCGAAUGGUUCACUUACUUGACCGACACCAAACGAUGCAUUCUCCACUCACAGAAAGGGGCGGAACGCGUGGAGAACGUGAACGCUGUGGCUGGUCCGAAGCGUUGCCCUAUCUGUGUCAUCGAUGGGUAUGAUUUCAAGGGAGAGCCAAGCCUUGUGGACCGAGGGCAGCCUGGCGUGAACACCCUCAGCGCGUGCGAGGCGGCCUGCCAGGCCGAGCAGUCUUGUCACUACUUUCUUUUUGAUAAAGGCAGGCAUUGCUAUUUCAAGGUUAGAGAUAAUGCGCUGCUCGCGCUCCAUCCUGAUCAGAACUACGCAGCCGGUCCUAAAACGUGCGCGGCCCACUGGUGCAUCAUGCCUAACACUGACUACCCCAAGAACGAUAUUGGAAAGGAGGUGUCGACGCCAACGGCGGCAGAGUGUCAAAAGAAAUGCCUCAACGACGAGCGGUGCGAGUACUUCUCGUGGGAUUCCGGCUCCAGCAUGUGUCAUCACAAAGCAGGGUCUCAGGUUCCAAACAGCAAGGUUAGGAAGGAUGGUGUAUUCUCGGGGCCGAAACAUUGUGGGUUGCCGACGACUGUGGUCGCGGAGCAGACGAAGUACACAGGAGAUGAGGUCGCUACGCAUCCACGGUCGGAAGUGGGCACCUUUGCUGCGUGUCAACUGAGUUGUUGGGAAAACAACAAAUGCGCCUUUUUCCAUUUCAACAACGAGGGGUGUACCCUGUCAGGCUUGGGGCUGUGCCGCAGACUGACUCGUCGUCGAGAGGAGGGAGCGUCACACCUGAGUGAGACGCGUGCAUGUUGUUGA